AUGGCUGAUUCCAGUAAGGUAAUGAGCAAGAAGGCAGACCAAGCCAAGACCAUAGAGACCUUUCAGCGACUGAGGGCUGAGCAAAGAGCCAUCGCCAGCAAAAUGUCGGAGCUGGAUGCAGAGAAAACGGAACACAAGUCUGUGAUCAAGGCUCUGAAGGAGGUGUCCUCUGAUAGGCGAUGUUAUCGUCUUGUGGGAGGAGUCCUGGUGGAGAGACAGGUUAAGGACGUCCUACCUGCUUUAGAGCAUAACACUCAGCAGUUGACGGCUCUGGUUGACAAGCUGACUGAGCAGUUGACGUUGAAAGGUAAAGAACUCAUCACGUACAAAGAAAAGAACAACAUCAUGUUAUCUGAUGAGAAUAAAGACUCACCCACUGACUCUAAACCAAGCGUUUUAGUUACAUGAUUAGACUCUGUGUGUGUUUGUUGAAAUUGAAUGUCAUCAUGUCCCAC